AUGGGUUUAUUUGGUGGCAACAAAGAGUACACACCUCCUAGUAGAAACAAGAGAGAACAGUGUUGGGACAGUAGAGAUAUCUUCUUCGAAUGUUUGGAUAAAAACAAUGUUAUUAAUGCUUUAGAAGAUAAACAUGCAGAUACUAUAAAGAAAAAUUGUUCCAAAGAAGAAGUUAAUUAUGAACAAAACUGUGCUAAAAGUUGGGUGAAAUAUUUCAAAGAGAAAAGAGUGGUAGAUUUCAAAAGAGCUGCGUUCUUAAAAGAAAUGGAAGAAAGAGGUGGUGAACAAUUACCAUUUCCUAUAUCGAAAAAUUAA